AUGCUAAUUGCUGACACGAGAGCCCGAUGGGAGAGAUUGGACCCAGCAAAACAAGCCUACAUGUUAACUGGUACUGACGAGCAUGGCCUAAAGAUUCAAAAUACGGCUGAAAAGCUAGUCAUCGAGCCUAAGGACUUGGUCGACAGAGUUUCACACAAUUUCAAAUCGUUGGCUUCACAAUUGAACAUUAAAUAUGAUAGAUUUAUUCGGACCACUGAUUUGGAUCAUGUCAAAGUGGCACAGAAUUUCUGGACCUUGAUGAUGGAAAAAGGUUAUAUCUAUAAAGGAGAGCAUAGUGGAUGGUACUGUGUCAGUGACGAAACAUUCUAUCCUGAAUCAAGUAUUGAAGAAGUGGAAAAGGAUGGCAAAGUGAUGAAGAUUUCAACAGAAUCCAGGAACGAAGUGGUAUUUGAGACGGAAACAAAUUAUUUUUUUAAACUUUCGUCAUUUCAGAAUGACUUGAUUGUGUAUUUGAAGCAAAACCCUCAAUUCAUUAGACCCCAUCAUCGGUAUAAAUUUAUUCUCAAUGAAUUGGAGACGACAAAGUUAUCUGAUCUUUCAGUUUCACGACCAUCAUCACGGUUGAAAUGGGGGAUCGAUGUGCCUAAUGAUGCGUCGCAAAAGAUUUACGUAUGGUUUGAUGCAUUGUUGAAUUAUCUUACUGCGACUGGGUUCCCUAAGGGAUUUAAACAUGAAGGAGGGGGAUUUAUCACACCCCAAGAUAAUAUAUGGCCGGCUACCCAUGUGAUUGGUAAAGAUAUUAUCCGAUUCCAUUGCAUUUACUGGCCGAUAUUCUUGAUGGCUGCCGGGAUCGAAUUGCCGAAACAGGUGAUUGUUCACUCGCAUUGGUUAUGUGAAGGGUUCAAAAUGAGCAAGAGUUUGGGCAAUGUGGUUGAGCCAAUGGAGUUGAGUGACUAUUAUGGCGUUGAUCCUGUACGAUUCUUUUUGACAGAGAAUUCCAAUAUUGAUGAUGAUUGUAAAUUUAGUGAAGCGUUGUUGCAAAGAAGUCGAGAUGCACUUGUGGGGAAAUAUUGUAAUUUGUUAUCGAGAAUUGGUGGCAAGCUGUUUGAUGUUGCUCAAGCGGUGGGACAAGCUAAGGAUGGUGAGUUUAGUAGCAUUGAGGAAUUGAUUAGCCGGUAUAGCUUGAAGCAGGAAAAUGCGAGUUUGAAUUUACAGUUGUCACUCGAACUACAAGACAAUUUAAACAAUGCCUAUCGGGAAAUGGAUGCAAAAUUUACCAGCUUUGAUUAUAUACGAGCAAUACAAGUUUGGUGGAAAGUGAUUAAUCAAGCCAAUCAAUUGUUUCAAGUGGCGGAACCAUGGUUAUAUGUCUCGGCGAUUAAAGAUGAACCCCUAAGUGAGGAAACAAGACACAGCUAUCAAUUGUUGGUGAAUUAUUUUGUUUAUCUUUGUGCUGAAACAAUGCGAAUCCUGUCCAUUUUGAUCCAGCCAGUGAUGCCACAAUUGUCGCAACAUAUUUUGAUGCGAUUGAAUGUGAUGCAGGAAAGACGUGAUGGCAGAUUUGCUAAAGUUGGUGCUGAUUUAGACUAUGGAGAUGGGGCUAACUCAACAUUGCACAAACCGCCUUUACAAAAAGUCAAAUCAAGGGUAUGA